UUGCAAAGCAGUGAGAUUCCACUUUACGUCACCAAGAGCGAACCCACACAGAGCGACGCGAAUCUCACAAAGCUGCGGCUUUCAAAAUUGGAGUCAGCGAUCGAAUGGAUUUUUAGUGCAAGAGCAACCUCACAUGCGGAAAGACAACAGCCAUUCCAUAAUUUCUGUUACGCCGUACAAUAUGAUAACAGGAGCCUAAAGUUUUCUCUUCGCCAGUAUAUUAGAUUUAUGCCAGAGCAGAACUAUGCCAGAGCAGAGCAACGAUUACCGGGUGGUGGUAUUUGGGGCUGGAGGGGUCGGCAAAAGUUCCCUCGUGCUGCGCUUUGUGAAGGGGACUUUCCGCGAGAGCUACAUCCCCACCAUAGAGGACACUUACAGGCAAGUGAUCAGUUGCGACAAGAGCAUCUGCACACUGCAGAUAACCGACACGACAGGUAGCCACCAGUUUCCUGCCAUGCAGCGCCUGUCCAUCUCCAAGGGCCACGCCUUCAUCCUGGUCUACUCUGUGACAAGCAAGCAGUCGCUGGAGGAGCUGAAGCCCAUCUUUGAACAGAUCUGUCAGAUCAAAGGUGAUGUGGAGAGCAUCCCCAUUAUGCUAGUGGGCAACAAGAUUGAUGAGAUGAGCGGGCGUGAAGUAGACACCGGUGACGGGGAGGCCCUGUCCAAGAGAUGGAAGUGUGCCUUUAUGGAAACGUCAGCCAAGACCAACCACAAUGUGAAGGAGCUCUUUCAGGAGCUGCUCAACCUAGAGAAACGCAGGACUGUCAGCCUCCAGAUCGACGGCAAAAAAAACAAGCAGCAGAAACGUGCUGAAAAGCUCAAAGGGAAGUGCGUGGUCAUGUGAGGUGUAGGAGGAGGCAUCCUGCUGCUGGGCUCAUCAGAAGAGAAAAACCAAGGACAUAUGAGUUCCAGCGAUGCAGCAGUUCUAACUAGCACCAUUUUAUGCCUGGCAAAGGGAGGGAUCUAUUCUUUACCAUAACAUAUUCCUCUGAUAGGACAUUCAGUGAGUGAAGGGACUGUGGGCUUUUAAGAUGAGGACAUGUCAGACAACUUACAGACAACGCCUUGCAGAACCAUUCUAGAAUUAAGACUCUUUUACACAGUAAUGGUUUGACAAAUGAGCAUGGGAUUUAUUCACUUUAUGCAAGUUCAUCCCAGAUCCCAGAUCCUAAUUGCCAACAUCAUUGCUUAGUGCUUGGCAACCUCCCCCAUACAUUAAAGACAGUUCACGUACAGGUAAACAGAAACUUCAAGGUGCAUGGAUCCAUUGAAUGGUAGCACUAACCACUGUUGAAACAGUAAUUAGGAAAUGAAGACCUAAGAUUGGUGAAGUGUGAGCAAGAUUUCAAACAUCAUAUACCUAAAUGACUAAUUUGCCCCUCAAGAUGCAUGUUACACAGAGCAAUAUGGGUGAAGGUUAUUCAGGUUAGAGAGCCUAUUUUAAAAGAUGCUGAAUUGGUCAUAUUACAGUGUAAAUCAACAUAGUAGAAAGGCUCAGAUCCAGAGGACAAUGGUGAUAGAGUAUUACACUAAUGACCUUUAUGAAGAUAUUACAGUUUUGGUGGUAUAAAGUUACAUUUUCAUGAUUCGUUAAGUAAACAAUUUGCAUAAACAGUGCAUUAGUGUGUAAUGGAUAGUCAUAUGCCUAGUCACAUCAAAGCGUUAACUUGUACUUUUGAUGUGAAAUAAUAUUCACAUAAUAAUAUUGUGUUUAAGGAAUAUUUACAUUUAAUUUCUAUUUUACAUAAUGGAUAACCAAUUCAGCAUCUAUUGUAUUCCAUGUGUCAACACCAUCAUCAUUUUAAGUUAAGGCAUGUUUCAGUACUAAGCCUAUUCAGAAUAUAAGACUGUAGCCUGAAAUAUCAGACACUGAAGCAGAAUCACACAGAUGUAAAACAAAUGGAACAAUAUUUUUCUCAAAUUAGACUUUUUAGAGAUUUUAUUUAUUUGUCAACCAUCUACCUGCCGUAAGGCUAAGCUCCACUGGUAGACAGUAUGCUUAAUCAUCACUGGAAGCUGAAAAUGAAAAUAUUACAAUAAAGGAAAAAAAUUUUGUUUAAAAUGUUAUCUCCAAAGAUUCAUUCAGUACUUUAAAGUGCAUAUUCCAGAUCUAAUCUUAAAAUAAACUAACCUUGCAUGACAGUAUCCUGGAGGUGUUUUAAAGUAUGCCAAAUUUAGGAUCUCAAUCAGUGUACAGAUGUUAUUUCAUUCAAAGAAUUCAAAAUGUUGCCUUUGUGAGUGAAGUACUGAGGCAAUUAAUGAAACUGCUUGGUCCAAUGAGAAUGGCAAGAAUGUGUAGUUUACGUAAAGCUUCUUGAUUGGAUUGCAUGAUUAAAGCAGCUGUAGGAGAGGGCUUCAGCUCUGCAAAGUCAACACAAAUCCCUUCCAGAAUCUUCUUAAAUUCUGCUUAACAAGCAAACAAAUAUGUUUGUACAGGUAUAUUCUAAUAUGAAUAACCAUCUACAACCCUUUUUCAGAGACAUAACUUGUAUGUUUUAGCAUGAUGGAUCUUGUAAUUAUAACGGCAGAAUCUGGCUUUUUAGCUAUCUUAUAUUCCUGCUUUGUCUGCCUUUACAUCAGUACUAUUAAGAGUACGUCAUGUUCAGUGAGCGGUUUAUCUAAGUGCCACAUUGUCAUGGAAAUGUUUCUAGUAUGACUGCAACAAAAAAUGUAAAAGAAUGACAAGUAGAUUUCUCAGUAGUGAAAUUACGGUAUGACCAGAUGUCUAUCCAAAAAUUGUCUAGCUACAGGCACCAAAAUGGUAACAAAAGUUGGUGGUAUGCAUUAUUUGGGCAGGAAAAGUGCUUAGACUCAGUGCUGAUGUUAACUACGCCUGUUUGUUAUGCCGGAAUUGUAAAAUAAGUAUCAUGUAAUAUUGUUUUGAUGAAAUUGCUGUUAAACAUCAUGUGUGCCUACAAGUUUAUAUAUCAUUGUAUAUAGGUCAUAAAAUAAAGAAAGGUAUGCAUUUCA